UUCGCCUGAAGUGUUUCCGCUCUCGUUCGCGCGUCUCGCGAGCGUUAUAGUGACUCCCAGAGGCGGGUUUCGGCUCCCGGCGCUGGAAGGGUGACGGUGUUUCGAGCGGACGGGAGCAGAGACCAUGUUCCGAGCUGCGGCUCCAGGGCGGCUCAGGCGGGCGGCCUCAGUGCUACGAUUUCAGAGUACCCUGGUAAUAGCCGAGCAUGCAAAUGAUACCCUAGCACCCAUUACAUUAAAUACCAUCACUGCAGCCAAACGUCUUGGAGGUGAAGUGUCUUGCUUAGUAGCUGGAACCAAAUGUGACAAGGUGGUACAAGAUCUCUGCAAAGUAGCAGGUGUAGCAAAAGUUCUGGUGGCUCAGCAUGAUACAUACAAAGGCCUCCUUCCAGAGGAGCUGACACCAUUGAUUCUGGUGACUCAGAAGCAGUUCAGUUACACACACAUCUGUGCUGGAGCAUCUGCCUUCGGAAAGAACCUUUUGCCCAGAAUAGCAGCCAAACUUGAUGUUGCCCCAAUAUCUGACAUCAUUGCAAUCAAGUCUCCUGACAUAUUUGUGAGAACUAUUUACGCAGGAAAUGCUUUAUGUACAGUGAAGUGUGAUGAGAAAGUGAAGGUGUUUUCUGUCCGAGGAACAUCUUUUGAAGCUGCAGCAACAAGUGGAGGUAGUGCCAGUUCAGAAAAGGUAUCAAGUCCUUCCCCAGUGGGGAUAGCAGAGUGGCUUGACCAGAAAUUAACAAAAAGUGAUCGACCGGAGCUAACUGGUGCCAAAGUGGUGGUAUCUGGUGGUCGGGGUUUGAAGAGUGGAGAGAACUUUAAGUUGUUAUAUGAUUUGGCAGAUCAACUACAUGCUGCAGUUGGUGCUUCUCGUGCUGCUGUUGAUGCUGGCUUUGUUCCCAAUGACAUGCAAGUUGGACAGACGGGAAAAAUCGUAGCACCACUGUGCCUCCCUGGACGUUGUUAAUGGAAGUGGUGAUGAUAAACAUCCUGUCCCUUAUUUUCCAGUAAUUUCUAAUAGGUUUCACCACUAGGUAUGAUGUUUGCUAUCUCUUUUUAGUAGAUAUCUUUUAUGAGAUUAAAGAAGUUUUCUAUAAUAGUGUCAUAUAACAGUUGCUUGGUUGUGUAACUUAACUUUCACUUCUGUGUACCACAGUUUCUUCAGCUAUAUCAUGGUGAUAAUGAAUGUCUCUACCUCAUGGGAAAUUGUGAAGAUAGAAUAAGUAUAUGUAAAACACUUAAAACCAUACCUGGCGUAUAGUAUAAGUACUGUGUGUUAGCUAUUUUUACAGUUACAAAUCCUUGUUUGCUGAGAGAUUUUUUUGUUCUGAAAUCAUGAACAGGUAUCGCAGUCUUACUCUAUAACUCAUAUUUGACAGUCUCAUUGGAUUUUUUUAGGACAUUAAUUAGUAUUUGUUGAGCUCGGUGGAGUGACGUGUUUAUGCUAUGACUAGAAUUUAAUUCGAAUGACUUUGUAAGCCUUGGCAUAUAUAAUGGUAGUUCCCGUUUUACAUUUUUCUCUGGAUUGCCUUUUAGAAGCUCUGUUUGUGACUUAACCUUCCUGUGCAUCCAAACAUAAGCAUACUGCAAUGAUUAAAGAAUCUGUUACCUACUGCCAGGGAAAUGUCUUUUUACACUUAGUGCAACUUCUCAGUGGAAGUAGAUUACUUUGUCUAUAUUUUGGUAUUUUACUAACAGAUCAGUGGUCUGUUUAUAACUCUGAGAGUAGAUGAAUAGUUACUAGGUGAACAAGCAGUUUGGGGGAAUUUACCAAUACAAGAAAUUUUGUGUUGGGGGUUCUCUUUUGAAAAUUCUCUAAUGUUGAAAAGUCUGUGUAGGAACAAACUUGAUAGAGUUAUUUGUAUACAGCUGGGACUGACUUUAUGGACUGCUUUUCUGACUUGCUAAAAAGCUAAAGAUUGACAAGCUCUUUCAUAUUGCAUUAUCCAGCUUGGCUUUUAACUCCAGGAGAACUGUGUUCACAAAUUGAUGCUCUAUUCCUUUGGGGUUGGUAUAGAAGCAUUAAAUUGUACUAAAAUAUUCAUAUGUGAGUGCAUUUAGCUGAAAGCAAUUGAUGUUCUAUUCCUAAGAGGGCCGAGAGAACUGCUGUAUGGACCUGCAGUCCAGAAAACACCCUAAGCAUGCUUCUUAAAGGUAAUUAUGUGGCCUGGAUGAUCAGAGUCCUGACGAUGAAGUUUAAAAUGACAAAGGAGAAGUUGUAGAAUUUAUAAACUGAGGUUAGGUAGUAUAAAUUGUUCAGUUGUGCAGUAAAAA